AUGAGGAAGCCUCCCCAAAUAGAUCAUGUUGAUAUUGAACCUCCAUUUGGAAGUGAUCUAGAAGAUAUCUCCCACGCCCUACUCCCGAGGAAAAGAAAAAGAAGAGAUCCAAGACCUGGAGUGCUUAUCAUAGACCCUGUUAAAAAUUAUAUUGAAAGCCCUAUUGUUGAACAAGAAGUCUUACCUUCAGAAGGGCCUCAAGCUUCUGGAAGCUCCUUUGAAGCCCCCGAAUUGGACAUUUCAAUAGGCAAAAGCAAGUUGCCUGAGUCUGAAUUCAUGGAUGUUGCCCUGCUUCAGCACAAAGUUUUUGUUUUGGAACAAAACUCAGCUAAAAAAGAUUUUAUUAUUAGAAAGCAGGACAUUCGAAUCAGUGAGCUUGAAAAGGAGAACUCCAUUAAAGAUGCAAAGAUUUCAAAACUUCAAGCAAAUCUUGGUGGUCUUACUGCUUUAUUCUUUGGCCUAAAACAACGCUACAUCAAAAGUGCUGCCGAUCCAACUUCUCACCCUACAAGUGAAAGGGUUGUAAGACCUACCCUAGAUGCUAAUAUUGAUUCAUUUCUAUCUUCUAGUCCUACUUAUUCUCAAGAAAGAAGAGAGAAGCAAAUCAGGGUCGAGCAGAUAAAAGGGAAUAUGUUAGUGAUGAAGCAUUCAGACCAAAAUGCUCCACGUUAUCACCAUAAGGUGUUUAUCAGGGAAACUGGAAAGAAAGUCAUAGAUAAAUAUGGGGAUCCCUCUAGCAUUAUGAAGUGGGGAUUUGAUGCUGAAAAAGAAAAUGUGGGUUGUGAAGCGGAAAAGCGAACAAAUUGA